UUAAAAGCGGCGGCAGGUGAGCGGGGAGGGACCUCAGAGCCGCGGGGCGGCGAGCCGGGCACCGGCCGCUCCGCUGCUACAGCCGGACCCGCAGCCGUGCCGAGCUGAGCCGUGCCAGGUAAAAGGACACAGAAGAGAAAAUGGAUUGGGGAUCUCUGCAGGCCAUUUUGGGAGGUGUAAACAAACACUCCACCAGCAUUGGGAAGAUAUGGCUCACAGUCCUAUUCAUCUUCCGUAUCAUGAUCCUGGUUGUGGCUGCAGAGAGAGUCUGGGGAGAUGAACAACAAGAUUUUGUCUGCAAUACGCUUCAACCUGGGUGUAGAAAUGUUUGCUAUGAUCACUUUUUCCCCAUCUCUCACAUCAGACUCUGGGCCCUGCAGCUGAUCUUUGUCUCCACACCUGCGCUGCUGGUGGCCAUGCACGUAGCUUACACCAGGCAUGAGAAGAAACGGCGGUUCAGAAACGGUGAGAAAAUUGAUAUAGAAGAGCUGAAAAACGAAAAGAUUCACAUUCGAGGUCCCCUGUGGUGGACAUACACCAGCAGCAUCUUCUUCAGGAUCAUCUUUGAAGCAGUCUUCAUGUACGUGUUCUACUACAUGUACGAUGGGUACCAGAUGCCUCGCCUGGUGAAGUGUGAUGCAUGGCCCUGCCCUAACGUAGUGGACUGCUUUGUGUCUCGGCCCACCGAGAAAACCACAUUUACUAUUUUCAUGCUUGCUGUGUCUGGGAUCUGCAUGACGUUGAAUCUAGCUGAGUUGUGUUACCUAGUGGCAAAAAUUUGCAUGAAACAAUCCAGGAAAACAGCAGCUUUAAAAUAAUCUCUCAGUUCCAGGAUUUCCUAGCUCCCCAUUUCCCUCAAAUUUUCUUAGGUGUCAGAAAACAAUCGGCAAUAUUUUCACACUCAAAGAAAAGGAUAAAAAUAAAAGGGUAUAUUUUUAUAAUGAUAGCCUGCUUGGGAAGCUGAUAAUGAGGCAAGUUUCAAGAUUAUGGGCUAAUUCAUCCACAAGUAGAGAGAAAAGUCUUUUGGCAGCAGCUCUUCCAAGUAUGCCUCCUGCUGUGAUGGUCACUCUUCAAAAAGAGGGAGUGGAAAAGCCCAGAGAAGGCUCUAGUGUCCACAAGAGAGCAGGGAAUCAAACACAAUGUCUGCUUCAGAGGCAGGCCAAAAACAAAGGGUUUUGGUCAAAAGUGGGAUGAAGGGUUUUUUGGGAGGAACUUCCAGCUCCUGGAGAAGACAGACAUGACCAUUAUAGAAUGCGUCCUGUUCUCUCUAAGCAUUCUGGAGAGACAUGAACUCCUUAGCAAAUGCUAUCAGCUUUGCUGGGGACCAGCAAUUUAUUUUUUUUAUUUUUUAAUUUAUGUUCUUUCCUGCACUGUGGAGCCACUCCUAUGGGGCUGGGGGUGGCCAGUCUCAACUGCUUGUAGUCAGUGCUCCUCCCUCCACUCACAGGGGCUGCAGCAGUGGGAGGAAUGAAGUUUGUUUUUCCUUCUAUUGGUCAGGUGAAAGAAAAGGGCUGUUGCCUCCCUGACAUUUUGUGGAGAAUCAUAGUAUAGUAGAUUUUAUUUGAUAAGACUGUAUCACCUGACUGGGCCUCCUUCAGCUGUGUACCUUUAAUGUUUUUUUUCAGUAAAGAUCAAGAAAAAUUGCCUCAUUGUUUCAUUCUGUUUGUUUUCCAGAAGUGCUUCAACACUUACAGCUUGAUGUGCAGUAGAUUGCACCUAUUGGUGCUCCUUCCAUCAGUCUUUUUUUUUUUUUAUUACUCAUCCAUCCUGUAUAGUUUUUCUUCAUGAAACCUUCUCCCACUCUGAGGUACCUUUCAAGUAAGUGCAUCAAACCACUCCCAAUCUCUGACAUUCCACCUUGUGAGACUGAAACACCCUUCCUCUUGUUACUAUACGUUCAGCAAGAAUUACAGACAAUUUGCAGAGCUGAAAUAGCAAAGUGUCCCAAUCAGAAAUGAGGAGGAUCUUGGGAAUUUGAUGUUUUUCUUAAAGUUCACAUUGCUGAGCUGUGAAUUGUAGCAUACUAACUUGAUCUAUGUGAGUCAGUUUCAUUUCUCCAGAAUAGUCUCGAAACAUGUUCUGCUUUUAUGCCUGUCCUAGGCAGCUAUGCCAGCACAUACAGCAAUGCUGUGUACCUCCAAGUGCCUGCCCAUUGAACUAACUUCUAGAAAGCUGCCUGUUUCUCCUUAGCUUUAAGAACUAGCUUUCCUCCCAAAAGAAUGAGCGUUAUCUUAGGUUCUCUUUUUUGCAUCCAUCUCCUCAAAUACUUUUAAGUUUAUCACUGUUGGAUAAACAAAGCUGCCUUAAUUAAGACUCGUGACCCCUCACUGUGCACUGGAAGCAGAGCACAAGCAGGCUCCCAAUGCUUGUGUGCUGUAUCCAGCGUUGCAGCUUGACUGCAGAUGAAAAUCUUUCCUCUAACAGAGGAGUGGGGAAAAAAAAAUAGGAACAGCAUCCUUGGAAGCAUGAACAAAACGAUGGAAAGUCAAUAGUGAGGAACUGGAAACCUGGUCUCUGAAAACAUCCUUAAUUCAACUCUAAAGAACAAAGUUUGGCACAUAUCAGGUUUGUGCUUGGUAAAGUUCCUGCAUUGUUCCGUGUGUGAGUACAAAGAACAAACUAUCUACAUUCCCGGUGCUCUAGUAUUACAUUUCUUUUGUAACAACAAGAUUUUUAUUUUCUGCCGAAAGCAUAAUUAAAGCACUUUUGUGGUGUC